GCGUGUGUGCGUGUCUAAAAGAGGGGGAAGUUUACAACCAAACAAACAAUUAAAUUUUAUUCCCAAGGGAAACGAGACUUCCAAAGGGGCUUAAAACACAACAGCAUAGCAUAAACCCUAGGGAGCGAAAUUCAUACGACAUUCAACCUACAGAGAGCGAAAGAGAGAGUGAGAGAGAAAGAGAGGGAGAGUAAAAGAGUUCUUGAAUUGCCAAACAAAACAUUGUUGAUUGUUCAGAGAGAGGACAGAGCCAAACUAAACGAUAACUUGCGGCAGGAACACAAGGCGGCGGCACACAAUCAGUUUAUCCGUGAAAACGAAGAACGUCACAACGCCGGACGCAUAAUAAAAUUAAACGCAAGAGAAAAAAAGCAACAUACCAUACAAAAAAAAAAUUCUAGAAAAGAAGAGAAAAUAUAAAACAACAAAAAGAAUAUUCCAAAAUAAAAUUUAAGUUGCUUUGCCGCGCUUGUUUUUUUUUUUUGGUGGAGUGUCCCAGUGUUUUUUUAUUGAAAGCUAAGCUAAACAAACAAAGAAAAAAAUUACGCGCCAAAUGCUAAAUUCAAAUUAUUAUGGGUCGUUCCAAGUUUCCCGGGAAACCCUCAAAAUCGAUUAAUCGUAAGCGAAUAAGUGUCUUGCAAUUAGAUCCCAACGAACACCAUAGCAGUGGCUCAGCAGGCAUUUCAAUUGGCCCGGGCUCACCACCUUUACCAGCAGGAGUAGCAGCGCAACAAUCAUCAUCAACAUCACCAGUAUCAGCAACAGCGACUGCUGCCGGUACAACACCAACAUCGGCAGCGGGAGCCACAGCAUCUUCGAAUUCUGCCUCACCAGCCCAUUCAGAGAAUUCCGAAGAUGAGGAAGCGGCUGCCGCUAAGCAAACGAAAAGCGAGGAAGAGAAUGUGGUAGACCAUGAGGGUCAAUCCAGAGCUUAUGAUAAGCAUAAAAAUGGCAAAAGAGAAGAUGAUGAUGAGGAUGAAGGGGGCCAUGGUCUAACAACAACAACAACGAGAACCACAAAUGGUCAAGGUGACAGCAGGGGACGUGAACCAAGGCAAAAUGGCAAUAGAACUACAACAACAUCCUCACAACAGCAGCAGAGUAAUAGUAACGCAAACCACAGUCGACCUUUGCAAAGUUCCAAAAUCCUAGGACCUUCAUUAAGCGCCAAAGUGAUAGCAGCCCCCAUACCCUCAGGCCACCAUAAACACCCACAGAAAAAGCAAACUCAUCAUAAAACUGUGUUGCAUGCGGAGCAGCAGGAAGAGUUGAAUGUGGUUCAGGACUCCAAGAAACAUGUGGAACAACAGGAAAAGCCAAACUCCUCCUCCCUGCAAGAAUGCGCCAAGCCUAAGGAGACCGCCAAAAAGCCAAACUCUUUGCUUAGUUCACCAACUUUAUCAUCAUUAUCAUCAUCAUUAUUGGCGUCAUCGGCAUGUUCAUCCUCCUCCUCAUCCACGUUAUUGUCAUCACCCUCCUCGUCUUCGGGUGCGGCUGCAGUGAAAUUCCCCCCGCGUAAUUGUAAAAAAUUCAAAAAUUUAAAUAUCAAUAAACCCGAAGUUAUGUUGCCAUCAUCGACAAAAUUAAAAAUCCUACAGCAACAACAACAGCAGCAACAACAAAAAACAAAUUCAGAAAAAUCAUUGAACAGUAAAGCUAAUACAACCACAAUAACAACGACAUCACCCGCCCCUUCAACAUUAGCCACCAAUUGCAAGGAAGCAGCAGAACCUGUACAAAGACUGCAGCAGCAGCAACAACCACAAAAAUGUGAAAUGUCAUCAUCAACAACGGCAACAACAUCUGCUGCAAAUUCAUCCACAAGCACAUUGUCAUCAUCAUCAUUGUCAGCCACAUCUUCUCGCUUUAACAAUAGCCGACAACAACAACAACAACAUCGGGAUAAUGAUGGUGACCCCAGUGCAUUGCAUAAAACAAGAAAUAGCGAUGAUGUGGACCAAGACGUUGAUGAUCAUGAUAAUAAUGACGAUGAAGUUGAUGUCGAUCAUGUUCGCGAUCACCACCACCGCCUAAAUGCUGGAGCAAAUGAUGACAAUAAUGCGGCUGAUCAUGCCUCAUCCUCCUCCUCCUACUCGUCGUCGGCCUCCUCUCCCUCCCAGUCUCAUGCCCCAAAUGAUGCAGAGAAUCAUGGCAAUGAUGGGGAGACUCAUGUUGAUGAAAAUUCCAGUUCUCACAACGAAUUGAAAUCAUCCACAGCCACAAAAACUGCUGAAAAGGAGUCUGAAGCCUCCGCAAGGGUUACCAGUGAUUUAAACAGUGAUGAAGUACAGCGAGAAGAAUGCGAAGAAGAGAGUCUAAAACAAAAUACCAGCACCUCAUCGCCCUCGACUGCUUUGGCAAGCACAUCAACCCCAGUAACAGCGAGUGCCAUCGAUAUGGCAACCACCUUAUCGAAUGGCUCUACAGCUUCAAACAAUAACUCGGCCAGCUCCUCUUCCUCAUCCACAGGCAACACAAAUGGCGACAAGAAACAAAAGAAAACGGUAACCUUUAAAAAUGUUCUCGAGACCAGUGAUGACAAGAGUGCUGUUAAGAAAUUCUACAAUCCCGAUAAUCGCAAACCCUUGAUAUCGAUCAUCAAAAAGGAAUGCCUUAAUCGGCCGCUUAUGUACACACGCAGCAGUGAAUGCAUUGUACGACCAUCGAGAUUAACGGAAAUUUUGAAAAAUAAUUCAAACAUUGACAAAUUGAAUUCAUUGAAAUUUCGUUCGCAUACAAAUGCAGGAGCUGCAAGUGGUGGCAGGUCUACUUCAGUAUUGGCAGGACCUUUGUCCAGAGUUUUUGGAGCACCUUUGGAUGAUGAGGCUCAGAAUCAACAAAACAGUCUUAUCAGUUUUCGUUUGACCAAACAGGCCAGUGAUGAAGAGGAGGACGAGGAGCAGGAUGAAGACGAGGAAGCAGCAGCUAAAAAUCAAAAAGAGGCAGAAGAAGAGGACGAAGAUGAAGAUGACGACGAUGAUGAAGAGGACGAUGAAGAGGCAGAAGAUGAUGUCAAUGAAAAUGAAAUGCAAAAGCCUCACCAAAAGGAGGUAGUGGAAAAGCCAGAGUUUGAACGAAAAACAGCCUUAAAGGCUACUGAAGAGGCUAGCCCAAAUGUGAUAAAGCCCAACGAAGAUGAGCAACAAAUUGUCUUGGAUAAACAUUUUGUUUUGCCCAAGCGCAGCAGUCGUUCCUCUAGGCUUAUUAAGCCCAAUAAACGUUUGGUGGAGGACUCCAUAUUGGGCAAGAAAAGUUCCAUAAAGACAAAUGCCAGCCCUGCAUCAAUGCCGGCCUCAGCAGCCUCCUCAAUGAUUAAGGAAGAAAAGGCUCCCUCCUUGCAAACCAAUUACUUUGGUUUAGGUGAUUACAAAAACAAGGACAUGAAUGGCUUAAUGGCAGCAAAAUCCUCCAAUGAUUCUUCGGCCGUUGAAGCCGUUAUUAAACCUGCAGCCUUUGCUGCGGCCACCUCAAAUGCUUUCUCGAAUUUUGGAGGAAAUUCUUUGCUUAAUGCCGCCUCCAAGCCCAGUAGUUUUAUUCUAAGGCAACCGCGUUUACAAUUUGAGUCUCUGUCAAUGGGUAGUAACACUUGUAGUAGCACUACCACAACGACUACGACGAGUAGCUCAACAACAAAUACCAGUGAACGCAGCAGCAAUGCAGCAGCAGUGACAGCAGCUGCUGCUUUGGCUUUAUCCGCUUCUCUGCCCAAAUCUCUGUUACAUGCGAUUUCAUCUACAUCAACUAUCUCCAAUAAUGCCGGUGUUAAUACCUCCUCGAGCUCCUCAUUGACUGCUGCAUCCUCUGCAGUGAUUUCCAACGCCUCGCAGGUUGCAAAUUCUGCUGCAUUAUCGUCAUCAUCCUCAUCUUCAACACCAUCAGUUGCAGGAGCUGCUACAUUUUCCUUAAACGGUACCAGUACUAUGAAGAAUAAUAUGAAUGCCCCAACAGCCAUCACUUCUUCAUCUUUAUCGCCCUCAAAUAUUCUAUGUGUUGUUUGUUCCUCCACCAUACACACCAAGAAUCUGCCCCAAGCUUCUAAAUAUGGCCAGCUAAGCUGUGAAUAUUGUCGUAAAUUUAUAUCGAAAAUAGCCAAGAAAUCUCUUGCCAUUAAGAAUUCCACCAACACUAAACCGAUUAUAGCCCAAUGCAAAGCAGAUGGAAAUUGUGUGAUACUACCCCUUAACAAAGGCAUUCACAUCAAGAACUUCAAAAAACUUUAUAAGGAACGUUGUGGCCUAUGUUGGCUAAAGAAAUGUUUGGACACUCUACAGUUGCCCAAAGUGAGGCUUAAUGCUUUGAUACCUGUUCUCAAUGCCGUUGUAGGUAAUAGUAGUAGUAGCAGCAGCAACAACAACAAAACCAAUUCAUUAGAAUCGAAAAUGCGCAAAGAAUUUGAAAAUUUAGAAGCUACAAAACUAUCGAUAAAAUGGAAGCCAUCAUCAUUGGCGGCACGAGAAUCCACACCACCCAUGUUAACAGCCACUACGACAACAACCUCUUCCUUGUUGUCAUCAUCCGCCAACAAUAUGACAACGCUGGAUGGCCUGAAAAUAAACACAAAAACAAAUCCUUUAACGGAAGCUUCAGGAGUAGUGUCCUUUGGUGCCUCGCCUCUAUUAAGACCUGCAAUUUUAGAAAAGUCAUCAUUUGGCAAAUCGAUAGUGGCCAUGGAAACUAAGCAAGAGAUCUUGGAGAAAGCCGACAAGAAACCCUUGGACCUUCUUAAGGAGGUGAAGUUGGAGACAAUAGGCAAUGAGCACACAUCCACAUCAUCACCCUCAUCAUCUUCGAAUGUUAAUAAAACGGCUAAAAGAAAAGAGAAAACCCUGGAGAAAGAACGCAAAGAAGUUAAACUCAAGGAGCUACAUUCGCCCAAGAGUGAGGAAAAAGUUAGGGAUUCCAAGGAGCACAUAGAAAAGGCGGAAGUAAUGGAGACGCUGUGUGCAUCCGAGCAGCAAAUCUCCCCGGCCAUGGCAAGUAACUGCUCUACCAGCAGUAUUGCUGUGAACAGCAAUACCACAACCCCCGUGGCAACAUCAAAUGCUAUGGCAACGGCCACGACGACGACAACGGCGACGGUAGCAGAUAAGCGCCAACGCAUUGACUUAAAGGGUCCCCGAGUUAAGCAUGUCUGCCGUAGUGCCUCCAUUGUUCUGGGACAACCUUUGGCCAUGUUUGGCGAAGAUGAAGAAGAGGCGGCGGCGGCUCUCAUUGCCGAUGGCCUACAACAGGCUGUCGAAAAUGGCGAUGUCAAAAUGCCCUUAACCGAUGAAAAUGAUAAUUGUGCCUCGUGCAAACCCCAUCAGCAGGCACAAAUAUCGAAUCCUGCCGAAGAUAAGACCUGUGAACAGCCUCCCUCAAAGAUACCUAAAGUUGAGACUAUCAUCAAUACAACGACUAUGGCGACAACCACGACGACAUCGGCGACGGUGAUGACCACUACAACAAGAAGCAGCGGCAGCAGCAGCCUGGUAACCGCCUCCAAAUUAUCUCAAAGGCCGCAUCACUACAAUACCCAACUGACAGCCUAUAAGAAACAAUUCAGCUCACAAAUGGUCGCUUCAUCUGUUUCAUCGGCUCUAGUGCCCCAGCGUCGCAAAGAGCCCCAGGCUAGGUGCAAGUUAUUAAUCUCCAUUGAUUUUUGGGAGAACUAUGAUCCAGCUGAGGUAUGCCAAACUGGUUUUGGUCUUAUUGUCACUGAAACAGUGGCGCAGCGCGCUCUCUGCUUUCUGUGCGGCUCAGCUGGCCAAGAGCCUCUCAUUUUCUGCGCCUGCUGUUGUGAACCCUAUCAUCAGUAUUGUGUCCAAGACGAAUUUAAUCUCAAACAUGGAUCGCUUGACGAAACGCUGCUGCUCAAUGACAGUUGUCUGAGUAUAACAGGACUGCCUUCGAAUUCGACGAAUACGGCCAUAGCCAAGUUGAAUUGGUUGUGUCCCCGUUGCACGGUGUGCUAUACCUGCAACAUGUCUUCCGGGGCCAAGGUGAAGUGCCAGAAAUGUCAGAAGAACUAUCACUCGACCUGCCUGGGCACCAGCAAACGACUGUUGGGAGCCGACCGCCCACUCAUCUGUGUAAAUUGUUUAAAAUGCCGUUCCUGCUCCACCACCAAGGUCACCAAAUUUGUGGGCAACCUGCCCAUGUGCACAAACUGUUUUAAGCUACGAAAGAAGGGCAACUAUUGCCCGGUUUGCCAGAAAUGCUAUGAUGACCAGGACUUUGAUUUGAAGAUGAUGGAAUGUGGCGAUUGUCAUCAAUGGGUCCAUGCCAAGUGUGAAACUCUGACCGACGAGCAAUACAAUUUGUUGAGCACCUUGCCCGAGUCCAUAGAGUUCAUAUGCAAACGUUGUUCGCGCAAGUCGACAGAGGCUAAAGAAAGGGCUUCCGAGUGGAGAGAAGCCGUCAAGGAGGAGUUCCAAUCGAAUUUAAUGAGUGUCCUGAAGUUGUUGAGCAAAUCAAGGCAAGCUUGUUCUUUGCUACGCCUGAGUCCCCGCAAACAAAUGAAGUGCUCUUGCGGUGGCAGUGGAGUCUCUGCGUCCUCCUCCGGUUCCUCGAAAUAUCAACCCAAAGCUUUGCAGUUCAAUCAAGAUCAGAACUCCAGCCCUCCUGCGCUCACCAUUGAUGUCUAUGAGUUCGAUGAUCACGAGAAGGACCACACGGAGAUGAACUCCCAGCCUUUGGCAAUGGAAAAGAAAUGUGUUUGCCAAUCAAACUCCAAUGGUAACAGCAGUACCAAUCUGAGUCUGGUGGAGAUCAAACAGAAAAUCGCCAAUCAUUCCUAUGGCUCGUUGGCUGAAUUCCAUUACGACAUGAGCCUGGUGAUACAGCAGGCCAACUGUGAUGAAUUGGUCAUAGUCUACAAGGAACUGUUGAGUGAGCAGUUCCCUUGGUUCCAGAAUGAGACACAAGCCUGCACCGAUGCGCUGGAGGAGGAUAUGUAUGAGUCCGCGGGUGGCGCCUAUGGACUCAACUCGUCGCUGGACACCGAGUCGGAUUACCAAAUGGACUGUCUGCCCACGGCCCACGAUCAGCAUGAAGAGGCUCAGCGCAAUGCUCUUUUGGCUGAACUUCCCUCAGAUUUGGAGGAACAGCUGUAUGGCGUUAAAAAUAGAUCAGAUGCUCGAGUUUGUCUAUUCUGCAGGCGUACCAGUGAGGGUUUGCCCAACGAGGAGGCGCGUCUCUUGUAUUGUGGCCAUGAUUGUUGGGUGCACACCAAUUGUGCUCUAUGGUCAGCGGAAGUUUUUGAAGAAAUCGAUGGCUCUCUGCAGAAUGUGCAUUCGGCGGUGUCGCGAGGCCGCAUGAUUAAGUGUUCCGUGUGUGGUAAUCGCGGUGCCACAGUGGGCUGUAAUGUUAAGUCAUGUGGCGAGCACUACCACUAUCCCUGUGCUCGCUCCAAGAAUUGUGCCUUUUUAGCAGACAAGUCUAUGUUUUGUCCUGCCCACGCCCCCUCGGCGAAUAAUUCGAAAAUCUCCUUUGAAACACAGUUUGAGGUUCUGCGGCCCGUUUAUGUGGAGCUAGAGCGCAAGCGUAAGAAAUUAGUGGAACCCUCCAAGGUUCAGUUCCACAUAGGCUCAUUGGAGGUCAGACAAUUGGGGCACAUUUUGCCACGUUUCUCGGACACCUAUGAGGCUUUGGUACCUAUAAACUUUUUAUGCUCGCGCCUCUAUUGGUCCUCCAAGGAGCCUUGGAAGAUAGUGGAAUACAAUAUACGCACCUACGUGCACAAUUCGUCGAAUUCCACUCUGGCGGGUUGCAUGGAUAUGGGUAAAAACUUCACCGUUGAUCAUUCCCAAGCCAAUACGGCCAUGGUCUCCCUGGGGCUUUCACAAAUCCAACAGUGGCACAUGAGCCUAACCAAGGGGGACUAUGAUGGAGUCAUAGAAGAUUAUGACUAUUUGAAUCAUUUUGCUCAACCAUCGUCCUGCGUAGUAAAUGGCAAUGGGCAUCCAGAGUCCUCAGCCUCGGCCAAUGACGAAGAACCCCAGACGAAUGCCGAUUUAUUGCCACCUGAGAUAAAAGAGGCCAUAUUCGAAGAUUUGCCUGGUGACUUGCUGGAAGGAAUUUCCAUGCUGGAUAUAUUCACCAAGUGCAUGAACUAUGAGGACAUGGCCCAGGGAGAACAAACUCCCUUAACCGAUGAGGAUACCAUGACUUCGCUGGGGGCCUUUACCAAACAAUUGACCGCCGACUUGAAUAAUGGCUGGCCAAAUGCUGCCGAAGAUGCUCUGUUCUCCACCAGCCAGGCUGUAAAGUUGCAAAAACUCAAGAAAGCCUCUUCGCCCGUCAUCAGCUGUGAUGCGGUCAAUGCCAAGAAUGCCAUAAAGCGUCGCAAGAUCUCGGAGAAUAUGUUGAUCUCACUGAAUCAUCAUCAGCAGCAUGCCAGAACACAGAAAAAGGAGAGUGGCUCGGCAGCAACGACGGUUGCCCCAAGACGUUUGGAUUUAGAGACCUCAACCAAAAGAACCUUUACAUGGAGUGCCGAAAAGCGUUACAAUGUUGAAGGCAGUGCGUUGGGGUCUGCAGCCACGGCAACAACGCAGCAAACUGAUUCCAAGCUUCGCAUAAUGCAGGUGGAUGGUGUUGAUGAUUCCAUAACGGAAUAUCGCUUCAUAACCCAAGAUGCUGCUGCCCAUACAGCGGUGAAGUGCGAGCGUUGCCAAUGUACCUACAGGAAUAUUGAAUCAUUCCAACGUCACAUACCCAGUUGUGAGCCAAUGUCAUCAUCUACCAGUGAAUCGGAAUCGGAACAUGCCCCUUCCUCUCAAGGGUCCGAGGUUAAUGCCAAUGGUGGUAUUACCUUGGAGCAGCUGCAGGAGCUGAACAACAAACUGCAGCAGCAGCAACAACAACAUCAGCAGCAGCAACAACGAGCAGCGCAGUUGCCAUUUUUGCAGGCCAUACCCACUCAGACGCUUUCACAGCUGCAAGGACUUCAAACCUUGCCGCUGCAAUUGCAGAAUGUGCAAAAUCUACAAAACCUUCAGCAGCUACAACAACUUGCCCAACCCCAAACGUUGGGUGGCAAUUUCUUCAUAUCCACAGCUCCAGCGGCGCCAGAGGUUUCCAAUGCCACCUCCGAUCUGCAGUUGUAUGCCAAUGCCUUGCAAGGUCUAACAGCGAAUUUGGCCAAUGGCACCUUCACCCUGCAACCGACCACCAAUGCCUUCAAUAACCCCGCAACACAAGUCACCCAAAACCAGCCACAAAUUUUGGCCCUAUCCACAAAUGCGGAUGGCACUCAACAGAUCAUUCAACUGCCGGCUCAGACUUCCGCGCCGACGGCCACAUAUCAGACUCUGCAUGCCACCAAUUCGGAUAAGAAGAUUAUUUUACCUGUAGGCGGUGGUAAACCUAUGAAAACUAUGGCCACCAAGGCAGCUCAGCAAGCAGCAGCUAAAAAUAAGCUAAAGGCCACCACUGCAGUUAAGCCUAUCCAAUCAAAGAUCAAUGUGGCAACAACAGCCAUGCCCACACCUGCACAAACGGUGAGUGCCACGCAGCUACUGAAUCAGCAAAUCCUACAGCAGUUGCAGCAACAAGCUGUCCAGCAGCAAUCCUCUAAUGCAGGACCUCAAAUAGUUUUCCAGCAGACGGCAACUUCGACUGGGGCACCUUCGGGAGCACAGCAAGCACCACAAAUCAUUAUGCAACAAGCGCCGCAACCGCAGAAUAUCAUUUCCUUUGUGACCACCACCAAUGACGGGUCGGCAACACCACAAUUCCAGUAUGUCACACUGCCCACGACUGGGCAGGCGGCACAUGAAUUCAAACCCCAGCCAUCUACGCUGUUCGCAACCAAUGCGACACCGCAUCAUCAUCAUCAGCCCUUAAUGCAAUCGGCCUAUUUGCAAACUGAUGCCAGUGGAAAUUUGGUGCUGACCAAUGCCCCACAAGCAGCCACACCCUUGCAAUUGCUCACCACACCAACCCAAACUCCUCACGUUAUAGGCACCUUGAUACAGCCUCAAACGCUGCAGCUUCAGGGUGGAAAUGUUAUAACCACAACAUCGGAUGGUGGGCUAGCACAAGGCGGGGCUGGCCAAACGCAGCAGCAGGUAAUCAUAAGUGGGGGUGGUGGUGCCGCACCCACAGGCCUAGAGAUGUUGGCCACCGCCAAUGGCACACCUCAAGUUAUCCUGGCCACAAAUCAACCGCCCAUGUAUUAUGGCCUUGAGACCAUAGUCCAGAACACGGUUAUGUCCUCGCAGCAAUUUGUCUCAACCGCCAUGCCGGGAGUUCUAAGUCAAAAUGCCAGCUUUUCGGCCACCACAACACAGGUCUUUCAAGCAAGCAAAAUUGAGCCUUUGGUGGAUAUUCCAGCUGGUUAUGUCCUGCUUAACAAUGUGGAUGCCAAUAAUGCGGCUGCGAUUUUGCAACCUCAACAGCAACAAGCAGCAGCGGCGGCAGCAGCAUCAGCCACUCAGGCCUCCAAUGCGGCAGCAGCCGCAGCCCAGGCCCAAGCUAAUCAAGCGAGUUUCAUACAGGCAGCCUUACAGCAGCAAGCAGCAGCAGCGGCAGCUGCCUCUUUGGCAGAACAACAGCAACAACAACAACAACAGCAGCAGCAACAACAACAACAAGCUGCAAAUGUCUAUCGAAUACAAACUCCUCCGGUCAGCACGGCACAAGGUUUCCAAAUACAACCUCAAAUUGUUGUAGCCCCCACACCAGCACCCACUCCACAGCAACAGCAACAGCAACACCAUCAACAGCCCUUAAAUGCUCAGAACACCACAACAACCACCCAAUAUGUGGAUCCCAAUACGGGCACAGUGUACAGCGCUAAAGUAACUCCGGUGGCACAAGUUAAGAGAACCAAAGCGACAGCUGCCCCCGUUGCUACAGUUACCAAAGUCCAGCCCCAGGUGGUGAAUAAGGUAAUGCCCAAUGUGGCCCAAAUUACGGUACACCAACAAACAACAGCGUCUGCCCAGGCGGCAGCAGCUGUUAUGGCCCAACAGCAGAAGCUCAAACAAGGUGGCCAACAAAAUCAAGGCAAAACAAACACCGGCACACAAGGACUAGUCCAGACUGUGCCUGCAGCAGCGGCUAUGAAACAUCAGCAGGUCAAUGAAAUGUUGGCCCCACCGCAGCCCCCAGCACCCAUCUCCAAUAGUAAAAAGACCAACAUGAUAAGGCCCUUGAAUAAGGCUGAAGUAAAGCCCAAGGUAAUGAAGACAGCCGCGGCAACAGUGGUUACAAAACCUGCUGCCGUUACCCCGGUGUUAAACCAACUCAACACCAAUCAAAGUGUCAACAAUCAAAUGCCCAAUAAAAUGAUAAUUCUCAAACCUCAACAACAACAACCGCAAGCACAGCAGCAACAGCCUCAGUCCGUUUCUCAGCAGAUACAGCAACGCAUUCCAGAGGCCAUUGGAAGUCGUUUGUCCAAUAGCACCAACAACCAUAUGGCAGAAGAAGCGCCGCAGCAUAAUCUGACGACGAUUAAUAAUCUCGCAGAGAAUUCUGUCGGUGCAGAAUUUGUCAACAUGCAACAUGUUGCCAAUAAUCAUCAGCAACAUUAUAAUGUUGCUGAUGCAUUGUUGCUGGACGAGAGUACAGGCAUGGUGCAGCAACAGUUAUCGCAUUGCAGCUAUUCCGGUGGUGGCAAUAAUUUUGAGGCAAACGUGCAACAACCUGCGCCUCCACAGGAGAGUGUGAGCAACAUCUUGCCCACCAUACAAAGAAUGCCUCAAUAUACCAACAUCAACAUUGUGAAUCCUUUGCAACAGUAUUCGGCUUCGACGGUCACCACGAAUUCCACUGCUGCCAGCACGACAGCUACGACAGUUGUCACAAGGCCCACAAACCGUGUCUUGCCCAUGCAACAGAAAUCGGCCUAUGAGCAGCAUAAUAACAACAACAAUAGCAUCACCACCUCCUCCUCCUCAUCCUCCACCAGUUGUACCACAACAAAUAGUUCAGCAAUCACCCACCAUGCGACGGCUUUUUGUUCCUCCUCCAUGACCAGCAGUAGCACUACAACCACCACAACAACAUUAAAUUCCCAUCAUCAGGACAACGCUGCCAGUGGGCGUGCCGAGGAAAUUUCUUCUCCGCCCUCCAAGGGUAAUAACAGCAUCAAUAAGAUUGCUUAUGAGGCUGAGGUUAAGCAAAUGUUACUGCACUCUCCCAAUCCCCAGCAAGAGGCGGCGCAGCAACUGCAGCAGCAGCAACAUCAACAACAACAAGUUAUGUAUAUUCACCAUCAACAACAACAACAACAUCAGCAGCAAGAGCUGCAUUCGCCAUCUUUGCUACACAAGAGCUCGCCACCUCCCUUGGCCUAUGACAUAAGUGAAAAACAGCCCGAAGAUGCAUCUAAACUUUGUUAUGUCAACAACCCGCAAUUACCAGCCUAUGUGGAAGAGGCAGCAGCCACACCCCUUGAAAGUGAAGAAUGCCUUAUAACCGAUCCCAAAUUUCCUCCUGAGGGUGAAGUGUUAUUGGGCUCCGAUUGUUGUGAGAAUGAAGAUGAGGCCUUGGCCUCCAUAACGGCAGAAGAUAACGAUGGCGCUGUCACUGGCGCUGACGAUGAUGAGGAUGAUGAUGGAUUUAGUUUGAAAAUGCCGUCGACCAACUGUUCCGAUAACCUAUCAAUGGAUAGUGAUGAGCCAGCGGUUAAGGAAAAGAUCAGCAAAAUCUUGGAUAACCUAACCAAUGAGGACUGCCAUGAUUCUCUGAAUACCAAUACCACAGUGGAGGCGGCCCAAAGUGAAAUGAAUUGCUCGGCCAAUACCAAUGGCAACUCAUUGGAAUCGGGCAUGGAAUAUUUACCAACACCUUCCUCCCAACCCUCUAACAGUGUUGAGCAGCAGUUGAAAUCAGCUGAGGCAGGAGAAUUCUAUGCUGCCUCUCCUGAGGAAACAUCUGCCCUUAUAGCAGAUGUUGAACUAGCGGUGGAAAAUAUAAAAGAGAAUUUGGAAAAAGAAAAACUGCAACCCCAAAUUGUGGAUCCUUUGGCCGCAGAAUAUCAUUUGCAAAACUGUCAAAAUCCCAAUGAAAAUCUAAUAGAAGAGCAGUCACAUCAAGAGCAUCUGCCAUCCACCAUGAAUCUGCAGGCUGCCACAAAUCUUCCUCCACCUCAACCACCCACUCGGGCACCCAAGCGUAUUAGUGGACCCCAUCUGCUGUAUGAAAUACAAAGUGAGGAUGGCUUCACCUACAAGUCCACUUCCAUAGCCGAAGUUUGGGAAAAGGUGUUCGAGGCGGUACAGGUGGCAAGGCGUGCCAAUGGUUUGGCUCCCUUGCCCGAAGGGCCUCUGGCCGAUAUGAGUGGUGUGCAAAUGAUAGGUCUGAAGACCAACGCCUUGAAAUAUCUCAUAGAACAACUACCUGGUGUGGAGAAAUGUACAAAAUAUACUCCAAAAUAUCAUAAACGGAGUGGCAGCUCAACACCUCUAUCGCAUGGCGGCAAUUCGAGUUCAUCUUGCUCCUCCAUGGGCAGCACAGUUGGUGGGGCACCCACAACACUGGAUGUAGAUGGCAACAGCAUUGAUUAUGCCUCGGACCAGGAGGAGCUCAAUGAAAAUCCUUAUGAUUGUGCCCGUUGUGAGCCCUAUUCGAAACGUUCCGAAUAUGAUAUGUUCAGUUGGUUGGCUUCACGUCAUCGUAAGCAACCGGUACAAGUAUUUGUACAGCCUUCGGACAACGAAUUGGUGCCAAGACGUGGCACUGGCAGCAACUUACCCAUGGCUAUGAAAUAUCGUACUCUGAAGGAGACCUACAAAGAUUAUGUGGGUGUAUUUCGUUCCCAUAUCCAUGGUCGUGGCCUAUAUUGUACAAAGGAUAUAGAAGCUGGUGAAAUGGUUAUUGAAUAUGCAGGCGAAUUAAUACGUUCCACUUUGACCGAUCAACGAGAGCGUUACUACAAUAGCCGUGGCAUUGGCUGCUAUAUGUUUAAGAUCGAUGAUAAUCUGGUGGUCGAUGCCACAAUGCGUGGCAAUGCGGCGAGAUUUAUAAAUCACUCAUGUGAGCCCAAUUGCUAUUCCAAAGUGGUGGAUAUACUCGGCCAUAAACACAUUAUAAUCUUUGCUCUAAGACGCAUUGUUCAAGGCGAAGAAUUAACCUAUGAUUAUAAAUUUCCCUUCGAGGAUGAAAAAAUACCCUGCUCGUGUGGAUCAAAAAGAUGUCGCAAGUACUUAAACUAAAGACGGGAGAAAGGGAAAGGCAGAAAUGCAGGAAGAAACCAGAAAACUGUAAAAGAAAAGCGAAAAGUGAUUAAAAGUGAUUUGAAAAAAUAAAUUAAAAAAAAAUAUAUAUAAAACAUUUUUUUAUUAUUAUUAUUGUAACAAUUAUGAAAUAUUACCAACUACAACUAAUAAUGUAUUGUGUAUUAUGUAAUUGUGUGUAAAAUAUAUACAUAUAUAUUGAUAUAUAUUAUAUUAUUAUAUAUAUUAUAUAUACUCAUAGUUUUAAAUGUUUACAUUACAAAAGAAAUGUUGAAAAAAUGGAAACUUAACUUAAAGGGCAACGAAUAUUAACAGUAAAAAAUGUUAAAAACAAAAAAAAUCGGAAUGUUUACAAAAAUGAUGAUGAUCGAUUAUGUAGUGUAGAAAAACGUUGGCUUUUUUCCUCAACUUAAUCUUAUUAAGAUUAUUUUUUAUUACAAUUUAUAUAAAUAUAUGAAAAAAAAUCUAUGGAAAGGAACACACACACAUGCAUUGUACUAUUUAAACGUGAUGAUAUUAUUGUAUAAAUGUUUAUUAAGUUAACAACAAAAGUAAAACAAACUAAACGGAAGAUUAAGUUAAAAACAGACAAACAUAGAAGAACAUGAAAACAGUAUUCUGCAGAAAACUAGAAAACCAUAAGUGUAAAAAAAAUUAGAAAAAAGUUACAAACAAAAAACAAUUGUAUUUUUCCAAUAAUCCCUUUUUGGUUUGAAAAGGGAAAGCAAAAAAAAAAAAAAAACAAGAAAAUAAAUAAAUAAACAUGCUUCAAAAACUACUUAAGCUUUUUUUAGUUGAAAAACAAAAAAAAAAAAACAACAGAAAAUUAAUUUCAAAUAUAUAAUCUCUUAAAAAAACAGAUAUACAUAUUAAAACGAAAUUAAAACAUACCUAUAUAUUUAUUAUUAUUAUAAAUAAAAAAGAAAAACAUAAUAUAUACAGAUAUAUGUGUAAUUGUUAUUAAGUUUACAUAAAAAACAAAAAUAUUCUAUUAAUAUUAUUAUGAAAAAUAAAAAAUAUAUAUUAUAAACUAACCUUAUUAAUAUUAUUUAGGAAAAAAAAAUAUAUAAAUAUUAUUUUUAUUUUAUGUAUGCUUUUUAUUAUGUAUGUAAUUUAAGAUUGAUUCACUUUAAAGUGCAAAACAUUUGAAAUUGCUUUCAAUCUACUCCGUUCAAUCAUUUGUUCUUUUGUUUCUUUGUGAACUCUUGUUUUUAACAGUUUGCAGUCUUGUUUAUUUAUUUCUUUAAUUUAAGGGAUAAUUUUAAUAUAUACAUAUAUAUUUUGUAAUGUUUGUUUUUGUAUGCGUUUUUCUCUCAGUGUAAAAUAUAUAAAGGAAACAUUUUUACAGGGGUUUUUUUCUUAAGAAACAUAAAAAAAGUUGUUUGCUUGUAAAUAACGUAGAAAAAAAACAAAAAUUAAUUUAAUUUCAUUCAUAUUAAUUUUAUAUAAUUUCCAUAUAAAUAUGAAAAGAAAAGGAAAAUCUACAAAACAAACACUAAAAACCAAACUAACUGUCAAACCCAAUAUGGCUGUCUUACUCAAACGAACAACUGCUUCGUUUCGUAACAGCUGUUUUGUCAUAACAAACUCAGCUGAUUUUAUUUAACGAGUAACACAAGAAUUUGAGUAACACAGUCUUACUGAGUUUGGCUGUCAAUCUCUCUUUUUUGUUAUAAAUUUAUAAAAAAAAAUUACUUAAAAAAACAAAAAACCCUAAAAAACUAACUAAACUAAAGUACAUACACUCUCACACACAUCGUACACAUCACGUAUACAAGAUCUUGAUAAAGAGAAGGUAAAAAUCAACUACUUUUAAUAAUAAUAAAAAACAAAAUAAUACCCACAAAAAAAAAAUAAUUAUUGUUUGAACUGUUUUUUUAGAAACAAAAGUUGCAUAACUCAUUAUUCUUUAAAGAUCAAUAGAAAGAAAUAAAAAAUAUAACCCCCUACAUUACACCCCAAGGUGAUUAAAACACUGUACAGUCAGAUCCUCAAAGGUUAUGUUAGCGAGCAGGAUUCACUCAACAAGGUUACGACAAGCAGUCGGCCGAAGUACAAUUUUUUGAAUUUUCGUCAUUAAGCCUACAACUGACUUCAAUCGCAGCGAAAAUGACUAUUAAAUUAUUGUGAAGUCCGACAGACUCUGUUCUCAAACAAUAACUAAAGCUGUUUUAUUUUAGUAAACUAUAGUGCAUUGCAAUGAAAUUUGUAUGAAAGUGACAUCUGGAUAAAUUGCCAGUGCUGGCUUAUGUAGAACAUCUGUCGUCAGGAUUGCCA